AUGGCAGUGCCGGUCAUCACUCCCGCAACCUGCUGGAGCAAGUCCUACUUCCGCAAGUGGCUCUACAAUGCCCUGUGGUUCCACAAGCAUCACCUUCGGAUGACCUACGUGUCAAUGGUGACUGGCUUUUUCCCCUUCUUAUGCAUCAAUGCCGUCAUCCAGCUCUUCUUCAGUGACACCGAGGUGGCCUUCCUUGUCUCGGGUGCCAUCCUUUGUGUCUGCUACUGGGUGGCCCUGUUAGCCCUCUUCAUAGCCAUUGUCAUGCAGCACUGUGGCAAGUGGCAGGAGCAGUGCGGGCUGGCCUUCACUGGGGCCCAAGCACCAUUUAUACAUGGUGAGGGUGUUUCUGCAGGGUGCCCUGAGGCCCUUUACCUGCUGGCUCCAAGCGCAGAUGGGCACUGGCUGGUCGCAGUCAGUGGGGACUGGGCAAUCCACAUCUACAACCUGAAAUGCUUCAAGCAUCACUGCAUGGUGCUCACGUACAGCUGUGUGGUGACAGCCCUCACCAUCCACCCCAUCACCAACCACCUUGUUAUCACCUAUUCAGGCCAGCAGUUGUUUGAGUUCAGCAUCCCUGAGAAGCAGCACACGGCCUGGAGUUGCAUGGUGCAGAACUGCAGGCUGCACAAGGUCUGGCUGGAGAGGGACUUGCCCAUCACCCACAUCACCUUCAACCCCAAGAACCCCUUGCACAUCCUGCUCCAUGACAUCUACAUGCUUUGCAUCCUUGACAAGUCCCUGCCCCUGCCAGACAACAGCGCCCUCAUGAUGAACCAGAGCACCCUGAAGCAGCUCCCAGAGACUGCCGGGCAGUGGCAGCUCCAUGCCUUCAAGAUUUGCAAGAAGUUCCAGCCCCUGCUCUUUGCGGAUCUGCUGGAUGAUAACUGCCUCGUGAUGGUGGAGUGGCCCAUCAUGGAUAUCAAGACCCAGCUGCCACUGCCUAUCCAACAGAAGAAAUUUGUCACCUGAGAGCAGAACAAACCACUUUGGACACAGAAACUGUGUAUGUUGCUUUCCUAGGGUGCUGUAGGAAUAAACCCCACUGUUCUGUA